CCCCUCUCCUUCGAAGGAGCAAAAACCCUCUUCCAUCUCUCUCUCUAAAAAUCUCAACUUUGAACGGAAUAUUCUCUUUCUACACUCUUUAAUCCGUUGUUUCGCUUUCAAUUUCACAAACCCUAGUAAAUACGUGUGCUAAUCGGCAUUCAUCAGUUACGAAUCUAGGGUUUCUUUGAGCAAAAAUGUCUUCUUGGGAUAGCGAGAUUGUUCUGCGUGAUGUUUCCAAUGCUUGUCUCGUAAUUACUGACCGCAUUGGACGAGAUGUCUCCGCGCAACUUGAUCUCGAAGAAUCUCUUGAAGCGUCUAGAUACACUAGUCACCCAUAUGCAACUCAUCCUAGAGAGUGGCCUCCUUUGGUUGAAGUGGCGAAUACCUGGGAGCUACCUCCUAUACUUAUUGAAAGAUACAAUGUAGCCGGUGGGGAAGGAACUGCUUUAUGUGGAAUUUUCCCAGAGAUUCGCAGGGCUUGGGCAUCUGUAGAUAAUUCCUUGUUUUUGUGGCGCUUUGAUAAGUGGGAUGAUCAAUGUCCUGAAUAUAAUGGGGACGAACAAGCUAUUUGUGCUGUUGGUUUAGCCAAAGCAAAACCUGGCGUUUUUAUUGAAGCUAUUCAACACCUUUUGAUCUUAGCUACUCCUGUUGAGUUGAUACUUGUAGGUGUCUGCUGUUCUGGAAAGAGUGAUGGUACAGACCCAUAUGCAGAAGUUUCACUCCAACUUUUUCCAGAGUAUACAGUACCCUCUGAUGGGGUUACAAUGACAUGCAUCACAUGUACUGAUGGGGGUCGUAUUUUCCUGGCUGGACGUGAUGGCCAUAUCUAUGAAUUACUUUAUUCAGCUGGUUCGGCAUGGCAAAAACGCUGUAGAAAAAUUUGUGUCACCUCAGGAUUAGGAAGUGUCAUUUCAAGAUGGGUAGUUCCCAAUGUAUUCAAAUUUGGAGCUGCUGACUCUAUUAUCGAAAUGGUUGUUGAUAAUGAGAGGCAUAUCCUGUAUGCACGCACAGAGGAGAUGAAAAUCCAAGUGUUUUUUCUUGGAAUUAAUGGUAAUGAUGCACUCAAAAAAGUUGCAGAAGAGAAAAAUCUAGUUAACGUGAGAGAUGCAAAUUUUGGUGGUAGACCUGCGGCUGGAUCAAGACCCCUAGCUAGACCAGCAAAGACAUCAAUUGUUUGCAUUUCUCCUCUUUCAACACUGGAAUCGAAGGGGCUUCAUCUUGUUGUUGUUCUAUCUGAUGGCAGAAGAUUGUAUUUAACAACUACUUCAUCUAGUGGAAAUAAUGGUGGUAUUGCUGGGUUGAGUGCAUUUGAUGCCAAUAAUCACAAGCCAUAUUGCUUGAAAGUUGUGACAACCAGGCCUUCUCCUCCUCUAGGCGUAGGUGGAGCUUUUGGACCGAUAUCUCUUGCUGGGCGUUCUCAGGAUGAGGAGCUGUCACUAAAAAUUGAAUCCUCAUAUUAUUCUGCUGGAACUCUCAUUCUCUCUGAUUCAUCGCCGUCAACCAUGUCACCUCUUCUUAUUGUAAACAAGGAUUCAAGCACACAAUCUCCUUUAACUGGUAAUUUUGGAACAGGUGCAAGAAGUUCUCGGGCACUUCGAGAGUUUGUAUCUUCACUACCCGUUGAGGGUCGUAUGCUGUUUGUGGCCGACAUUUUACCCCUACCAGAUGCGGCAACUGCUAUGCAGUCGUUAUAUUCUCAAUUAGAAUUUUGUGGGUUUGACAAUUUUGGGGAAGAUUCUGUAAAGGAAUCAGGAAAGCUUUGGGCUAGAGGGGAUCUUUCAACUCAACAUAUAUUACCUAGAAGAAGAAUGGUUGUAUUCAGCACAAUGGGGAUGAUGGAACUAGUCUUCAACAGGCCAGUUGACAUCCUGAGGAAAUUGUUGGAGUCUAGUCUGGCUAGAUCAACCUUGGAGGAAUUUUUCAACCGAUUUGGAGCUGGAGAGUCAGCGGCAAUGUGCUUAAUACUUGCUUCUAAAAUAGUCCAAACGGAAAAUAUCAUCAGUAACUUUGUUGCGGAGAAGGCAGCUGAGGCUUUCGAGGAUCCAAGACUUGUUGGAAUGCCAUUGCUGGAAGGUGGUAGUGGUGCAUUAUCGAACACCAGAACUGUUACUGGUGGAUUCAGCAUGGGCCAAGUUGUCCAAGAAGCUGAGCCUGUUUUUUCAGGUGCACAUGAGGGGCUCUGUUUGUGCACAUCGAGAUUACUUUUGCCUUUGUGGGAGCUUCCAGUUAUAGUGGCAAAAGGCUCGAGUGCUUCCAGUCUUGCGGCUGAAAAUGAAAUGGUUUCAUGCAGGCUAUCGUCGGGUGCAAUGCGAAUUCUCGAGGAUAAAAUUCGUUCUUUGGAGAAGUUUCUUAGGUCUAGGAGGAAUCAGAGAAGGGGGUUGUAUGGUUGUGUUGCGGGAAUUGGAGACGUGUCUGGUUCAAUUCUGUUUGGGGCUGGUUCAGAUUUGGGUGCUGUAAGGAACUUAUUUGGUACUUAUUCUAGGAAUGUUGGAUCUGCUGAUGUCGUCUCAUCGAAUAAGAGACAAAGACUCCCAUAUAAUUCCACUGAAUUAGCUACCAUGGAAGUGAGAGCAAUGGAGUGUAUCAGGCAGUUACUUCUUAGGUCUGCUCAAGCUCUUUUUCUUCUUCAACUAGUUUCCCAGCAUCAUCUCACACGCUUGGUUCAAAAUUUUGAUGCUACGCUAAAGCAAGCACUGGCUCAGUUGACAUUUCAUCAAUUAGUUUGUACUGAAGAAGGGGACCAGCUUGCUACAAGACUUAUAUCGGCUUUAAUGGAGUAUUACACUGGUCCAGAUGGCAGGGGAACCGUGGGUGACAUAAGUACUAGGCUAAGGGAGGGAUGUCCAAGCUACUAUAAGGAGUCAGAUUACAAAUUUUAUCUUGCUGUAGAAUGUUUAGAAAGAGCUUCUGUAUAUCCUGAUGCGGAGGAGAGGCAAAACCUUGCCAGAGAAGCUUUCAACCACUUAAGUAAGAUUCCUGAAUCUGCAGAUUUACGAACAGUCUGCAAACGUUUUGAAGACUUGAGAUUUUAUGAAGCAGUUGUUCGUUUGCCCUUACAGAAGGCUGAGGCUCUUGAUCCUGCUGGUGAUGCCUAUAAUGAACAGAUAGAUGCUGGAGUGAGAGGACGUGCUCUUGCUCAACGUGAACAGUGUUAUGAAAUUGUGACUUCUGCUUUGCGUUCUUUGAAAGGUGGAACUUCUCAUAGUAGGGAGUUUGGUUCUCCUAUUAGGCCUGUGGCACAAUCAACACUUGAUCCAGCAUCCCGCAAGAAGUAUAUUCAUCAAAUUGUUCAACUUGGCGUUCAGUCAACUGAUAGAUCGUUUCACGAGUUUCUAUACAGGACAUUAAUUGAUCUGGGCCUUGAAAAUGAGUUGUUGGAGUAUGGAGGUCCUGACCUAGCCCCUUUUUUACAGAAUGCUCUGCGUGAACCUGUACAAGAGGGCCAGACUAUAUAUUCGCAAGCACAUAAUCAAGAGAAUCAAGUAAAAUAUUCUGAACUCCUAGCACGAUAUUAUGUCCUGAAGAGGCAACAUGCUCUUGCAGCUCAUGUGCUGUUAAGGCUAACAGAAAGGAGAUCUGGUGAUGGAGCAGAUGCGCCUACAUUAGAGCAGAGGUGUCAAUACUUGAGUAAUGCAGUCUUACAGGCGAAGAAUGCCAGUGACAAUCCAGAUGUCUCCAAUCGCGGUGCUUAUGAUGAUGGGCUGCUUGAUCUCCUUGAAGGAAAGCUUGCUGUUCUUAGGUUUCAAAUCAAGAUCAAAGAGGAACUGGAGUCCAUUGCCUCUAACAUGGAGGCUUCCCCUAGUUCGGCUGAGUCUACUCUUAAUGAUUCAUCAGCAGAUGCUAACUUUUUGCAUUCUGUCGGAGAAAAGGUCAAGGAGUUAUCAACAGAUCUUAAAAGCAUCACUCAACUAUACAAUGAGUAUGCCGUUCCAUUUGAGAUUUGGGAGAUCUGCUUGGAGAUGCUAUACUUUGCGAACUAUUCUGGUGAUACAGAUAACAGUAUUAUAAGGGAGACAUGGGCUAGACUGAUGGAUCAGGCUCUUUCAAAGAGUGGGAUUGCAGAAGCUUGUGCAGUCCUUAAAAGGGUUGGUUCUAAUGUUUACCUUGGAGAUGGAGCUGUUGUACUACCAUUGGAUAGUUUGUGUCUUCACCUCGAGAAAGCUGCCUUGGAGCGGUCAACUUCAGGGGCUGAAUCUGUUGGAGAUGAAGACAUAGCAAGAGCUCUUCUUGCUGCUUGUAAGGGUGCUAUAGAACCUGUGUUGAAUUCCUACGACCAACUUCUAUCGAAUGGAGCAAUUUUGCCAUCAGCAACUCUAAGAUUGCGCAUGCUUCGUUCGGUCCUGGUUGUGCUUCGCGAGUGGGCCAUGUCUACAUUGGGUACAAAUAGUAGGGCAGGGGCCUCCCUAAUUAAUAGCCGAUCAUUCUUACCUGAUCAAACUACUGCCCUUAACCAAGGGACUCGUGAUAAGAUCACAAGUGCUGCGAACAGGUAUAUGACUGAAGUAAGGAGAUUGCCACUUCCCCAGAACCAAACAGAAGGUGUUUAUCGCUGUUUUAAAGAGCUGGAAGAGUUUGUGUUGAGCCCAUAUCCUUACAGGCGGUUCUAAUUCUUCUCCGGGUUAUUUGAAAGUAUCAUCAUCCAUUGCACAAAGCAUCUUUAUACUUUUGAGAAAUGUGUAUGAAGGAGAAAACUUGUUACCUACUUUUAGAAGCAUCAGAGAUCCAAAUUCAAAAGCACUUUGGAAUAAGAUUAUUAAUCAUUCUAUCCACUCUUCAGUUCAAUUUUAUUUUAGUUUUUUUUCUUUCAAAUAUUGUAUGGUAGGAAAAUGUACACUAUUUAAUUUCUCCACAUUAAUUUUUGUACAACUUGUUUUGCAGUCUUUUGUUUUAUUGUUAAAUCAGUGUAGGCCACACUUGUGGAGAAUGCAAGAUAAACAAGCUUGUAUUGUUUUCCUUGUAUUAUUUAAAAUUCAAGCCAGUUUUUUUU